UGGUGUUUGAGGACAUUUUCAAUGAAACUGACGCGCUUUUUAGAGUGCUACAAAACAAAGUGAUGGACAUUGAAUAUUGUCUUGCACGCAUCCGCGACACUGUUGUAGCUCUCGAGCGCAUGAGACUCAAGUUCGACAGUUUCUGGGACCGAUUUGAGCAGAAAUGCAGCGCACUGAAUCUGACAGAGAGUGGAGACAGACAGUCGAUUAGAUGUGAACGAAAACGAGUGUUCUGUAACAUUCUGGAAAACAUAAGCUGUCAAAUGAAGGCCAGGUUCGAUCAUUUUGGUGAGCUGGCUUUCCUUGGUUUGGUGGACUGCACAAAAUUCAGUGAAAUGUCAGAACAUUUUGAUGACGCAAAACUGCAGAGCCUGUCAAAAUAUGCCAGAUUCUUUGACUUUGUGGAACUAAAAGCGAAUCUCGUUGGACUGUAUAGCUCACAAACGGUGAGGGUUCAAUGUAAAUCUCCUGGACAGCUUCUUAGCUUUUUGGCCCAGAAUGAUCUCACUGAAACUGUUCCUGAGGCGACAAAGUUGCUCCAGCUUGUGCUCACUGUUCCAGCUACUACAGCCUAGGUGGAGCGCUCAUUCUCUGCACUGAAAAGACUGAAAACAUACAGUCGGAACAGGACUGAUCAAGCACGACUUUCUUCACUGGCAGUGAUCUCCAUUGAGACAGAGAGACUUUUAAAACUGAGGAAAGAUAAGGAAGACUUCUACGAACAGGUCAUCAAUGCUUUCCUUCAGAAGGAGCGGCGCAUGGACUUCAUUUAUAAGUAAAGGUCCAGUGACGAUGAAUGAGCAGGAGAGUGGGGUGGUCUCCUUUGAUGAAUAUGUGCGGCAAAAGGCCCGCACUGUGCCUCAGCACAGGAUGAAGGAGUUCCUGGAGUCUCUUGCCAAGGGCCCAGAGGUGCUGCAGGAGUUCAGCCAGCAGGAAGGGGUAGCCACCAGCACAGCCAUGGUGUACCAGCAGCAGGGUGCCAACUGUAUCUACACAGACAGCACAGAGGUGGCUGGAUCUCUCCUAGAGCUGGCCUGCCCAGUACAGGUGACCUCAACAGAGAUGUCACCCCAGCUGCAUCAUGGGUCUGAGCAGCAGCUUCAAGUGCAGGUUCAGAUCCAGGAACAGCAGGGCCAAACAGUUGGCCAGGUUCUUCAGGUGACCUCCCCCUCUCAGCAGGACAUGCAGGGAAUUUCAACAGCCCAGCUUGUGCAGCAGGGAGAGCUCACAGAGGAGCAGCAACAACAGAUUCAGGCACAGUUGGUUGCAGCUGUAGCUGGAGGACAACAAAUCCAAUUGUCAAGUGGCCAACAAAUUCAGUUACAAGGAAUGCAGCAUAUUCAGCUGCCUGGGGGACAGCAAAUUCAACUUCAGGCUGGCCAGCAGAUUCAGUUACAGGGAGGGCAACAAAUCCAGAUCCAGACCAUCGAGGCCAUGACUCCUGUUCAGCAACAGGAAUCUGCCAGGGAGGCAGAGAGGAGGCCCAGCACUGUUGCCACUGUUCUCCAACCAGCCAAGAAGCGUAAGGUGGACGUCCCCUUAGCUGUUUCCUAUGCUGUUCCACAGGGCCAGCAAGUGGCUACAGUUCUAGCCAUCCCUCAAGGGCAGCAGCAAAGCUAUGUGUCCCUACGACCAGAUUUGCUCACAGUUGACAGUGCUCAGCUGUACAGCACAACAGGAACAAUCACAGGUCCCCAAGGUGAGACCUGGACCAUCCCUGUGUACUCCACUCCACAGCAGCAGGGUGUAACUCACAUUGCUAUACCGCAGGAAACGUAUAGCACAGUGCAAGUAACUACCACAAACGGUAAAGACAAGAUGUCCCCCAAUUCUACAUUGCGGUCUGCUGAUGUGCAGUCAGUCACCACUGCAUCACAGGAAGAGAUCGUACAGACCCUGUUCCCAGCACAGUUCAUGAACGGGAACAUUCACAUCCCUGUGGCAGUGCAGACCGUAGGAGGGACUUAUAACACUACACAGUCAAUGCAAAUAUGGGACCCAAAUCAACAGCAGAGCCAAGGGGAAGAUGUACAAGAACAGCAGCUCCAUCUGCAGGGUCAAGUAGCCACUGAAGCUCAGGGUGAAGCACCCACAGAGAUUCUGGUUCCUAUGUGUCUAAAGCCAGAGGAGGGGUUGGAGGUGUGGCGCCUUUGGGUGAAGCAAAAAAAUGCUGAAUUAAGCAAACAGGAGACAACAAAGCUUGCACCAAUAGGACGUCGUCAGCCCCUGCGUUUUCAAGAAGACUUGGUGUCCAGUGCAGUGGCAGAGUUAAACCUGGGUCUUUCCCUGAUGACUCAGGAAGCACGAGGAUCAGAAGAUGAGCAGUAUGCACCUGAUGUCCUCUAUUAUGUUUUCUUGUGUAUACAGAAGUAUCUGUCUGAAAAUGGACGUGUGGAUGAUAUUUUCAAUGAUCCAUAUUACACACGAUUUUGCGAAAGUUUACACAAAAUCCUGCAUGACUGGAAACCCACUGUCCAUCCUUUAGGUUAUGUCAUCCCAAGUCAUGUGACAGAGGAGAUGCUUUGGGAGUGCAAACAGCUUGGUGCACAUUCACCCUCCACAUUGCUCACAACUCUAAUGUAUUUCAACACUAAGUAUUUCCGCCUGAUAACACCUGAACAGCACAUGAAAGUAGCUUUUUCUAAAGUCUUAAGACACUCGAGGAAGAACCCAGCUAAUGCCAAGGACAAAGCAACCAGUAUUCGCCUUCUUAAAGGACAAGGUCUACAAAGUGCCGGACAAAAAGGAACUGAUGACAUGUAUGAAGAGCAGAUUGAGGAUCCUGCAAAUCCUCUUCGUUGUCCCAUUAAACUUUACGACUUUUACCUCUUCAAAUGCCCACAAAGCGUUAAAGGACGUAACGAUGCGUACUACAUGACUCCAGAGCCUGUUGUUGCACCAAACAGUCCGAUGUGGUACUCAUCUCAGCCCCUCACAAGUCAGCAGGUGGAACAAAUGCUGGCCCGCAUCCUCGUGAUUCGAGAGAUCCAGGAGAUCGUCGGUCCAGAAAAUGUGAGCUAGAAUGAGGACUGGGCUCAUUGAACUUGUUCUCCAGAUUGUUGACUAUGCAGUAUCCAUCCUGACUAUUACCAUCAAUGGCCAUUAAAAUAAAGUGGAGCAACUUCUGAGGGGAGCAUCAUGAUUACACUCUUCAGAUUUGUAAAUUCUUCUCUUCUUAUAAUGUCUGUUUUUGGCUGGUGGGUAGGACUAUUCAUUCUCUUGACUGCCUUUGUAAGAUAUCACCUCUGUAACCUUUGAACCAGCAAGUGAGCAAGGCUUUAGUCUCACCUCUGCUGGCUCAUGAUUGAGCUCCUCUCAGCUGAGCAGAGGUUACACGUUCCUGUACAAAUUAGUCUUAUAAAUGAUGAAAAAAAUAAUGUAAUCCUUUCUUUCUUAACCUCACAGACUGUUCUCGUCUUAAUUCUCUUCAAGGUACCACUAGUAAUAAUCUCAAGACAAUUUACAGGGACCAGUGCUC